GACGCACACAGACGGGUAGCGAGCAGCGGGAUUUGGUACAACAAAUUUACACUCGCCCGAGAUCGGACCGUGCUACCGCGGAAAGCUACCGUCGUUGUGAGUUUUUAUCGUGGCAGUAAAUAAAACCUCUUCGCUUGGUUAUGUUUUUACGGCUAUGACGAGUUUUUCUUCGAAUAUAGCAGGAAAGGUGAAAGGCGGCUCUAGUUAGUGUGGUGGUAGUGGUGGUGUUUUGUGCAUCGAUAAAGAGAACCAUCGCAGUACAACCCUGAAGGGCCUGAAGGUAGAGCCAAGGGAAACGGAGAAGCAAGAAGAAAAAGGCUGUUCUACAAAGGCGCAGUAGGCCGGGAGUGAACGGCCAGAGGGAGGUGUUUUGUUUUUAUUCUUCUUCUUGUUGCUGUGCUCAGUGUGUGAUUGAAGAACGCGGUUUAGUGGUGAAUCUUCCAUCAAAUCCGUUGUGCAAACGGGGGGACCCCCUUGUUGAAUGUCUUAUGGCGGCGUCAGGAGGCAACAUGGAAACGGACGAGCUUUCCGAUACGAUGAACGAUUUUCUUCCACUGCUGCCGGAAAACAUCAAACAGGAGCUGUUUGAUGCAACCGAAAAGGGCAACCUGUGUGACAGUGUGGAAAAUAAGAUUGAUGAGGCGGAAACGGCAAAUGAACCGCCGGCACCGACGAAAUGUGUCUGGUGCCAGCAGACGCUCACACCGAACGACCAUCCGAAGCUGCUGGAAUGUCUGCACAAUGCGUGCCACGCGUGCGUGAAGCAGAAGAUCACGGAGCUGUCGCACAACUCGCCGCUCGUCUGUCCGGUGUGCAAGAUGGAGAGCCGGCUCGAGUACAUCAUCGACAACGUGUUUCUGAGCGAAACGUCCGCGGCGAGCGGCGAGGACAAUCCGGGCAGCGUGGAAUCGACCAAGGAUCAGAUCAAGUGUAGCAGCUGCAGCGACGACGCGAACGCCACCUCGUGGUGUGUGGAGUGUGCGGAGUUCAUCUGCGAUAGCUGCGUGCAGGCCCACCAGCGGCUGAAGAUCACGAAGGAGCACACGAUCAAGCCGAAGGAGGCGGCAAACAGUGAGCCGGCGGGCACUAACGGGCUGGCCGGCAAGAACAUCAUGUGUCACAUGCAUCCGCAGGAAAAACUGUCCCUCUACUGUGAGACGUGCGAUCGGUUGACCUGUCGCGACUGUCAGCUGCUCGACCAUCGGGAUCACAAGUACAAGUUUGCCAACGAAAUUGCCAGCGAAACGCGCAGCAGCCUUAGCGGGCUGCUGAGCGAGAUCAGCUACAAGAAGGUGCUGCUGUCGAGCGCCAUGAAGGUGAUUGACGAUCGGCAGGCGCAGAUCACAGAGAAGAAGAAAGAACUGUCCAAAGAGAUCGCCGAUCUGGUGGUGAAGCUGACGAAUGCAGUCAACGCUCGCGGCAAGCAGUUGGUGUAUCGGCUAAAUCAGGUCUGCGACAACAAGCUUCAAGUAUUGAACGAGAAGAAGGAAGCGCUACAGUUACUCUCCGGACACACGGACCACUGUAUCGAGUUUGUGCAGACCGCGCUAGACAAGGGCAGCGACAGUGCCGUGCUGUACAGCAAGAAAACGCUUGCCCGGCAUCUGCAGAAGGUGAAAAGUCAACGGGCCGACAUACCGAACCCGGAGAUACCGGUGCGCGUCCAGCUGUACGCUUCCAAUGUAGCCGAGCUACAGUCGAUGGUCUCCCGCAUCGGUACAAUACUCGUCGAUGGCAAGGUAUACCCACAGUCUCCCAGCUCUAACAAUGUUCCGCCAGGACCACCAGUUCCCGGCCCGGGGCCUGGUCCGUCACCGCAAAACAGAAGCAAACAGCCAAGCCCCAACAUUACGCCUCCGUUGCGACCGGGCAUGCCCGGUCCGGGUAUGACGACCCUUUCCUCCAACGGUCCUGGCGGUCCAGGCGGUCCUGGUGGUGGACCAGGAGGUGGAGGAGGCGGUAGUGGCGGAGGUGGUGGUAUGGGAGGAAACUUCUCACAGGUACCGCCUAUGUACAAUGGCAACGGUGGCGUACCGGUGGGGGCUCCCUUCCCGCCCAACCAUCCGAUGAGCAGAUCAUUCCCGCAGGAAAAUGGCCCCGGUCCCGGUCCCGGCUAUGGUCGGUUCGGUCAAAUGGGACCGCCGAUGGGUAUGCCAACUCAGCAGCACGUUAGCUCCUCUACACAUCCACAGAAUAUGGAUAUUAGUUUGCGUAAUUUGUUGAACCAAAAGUCGAGUGGCCCCAAUGCCGGGGGACCCCCUCACUCAGGCAGCAAUGCUGGCAAUAACGCUAUGGCUAAUAAUCAAUUUACUGGCACAGCAAACUUCAUGGGCAGCGGUGUGUCACCGGGCGGAUCGGGCGGUGGACCACCGUCCCAUCGGCUGUCCGGUCAGAUGGGCGGUCCGGGCAACUUUUUGGGCGGCCCGGGCGGUGCGCCACACCAAAACUUCAACCAAGGACCGCCCGGCGUACCGCCCAGCAGCGGCGGAAUGGGCAUGGGAGGGAACGGAUCGGCUGCGGCGGCUGCUGCCGUGGCUGCGGCACGGUUCCAAUCGUUUCCCCGAUUCGCGAUGCCCUCCUCGAUGCGGCACAUAAUGGGUAAUAACUCAUCCACCUUACUGACACCAAAGCAACAGUCGUUACGCUACCCGGGACAGCAGCCUCAGCCGGGAUACGGUCCGAACUCGCCGCAACCACCUCAGCUUCCGCCGCAGCUUUCCGGUGCACCCGUGCCCGGGCCCGGUAUCGGCGGACCGGGUAGUGGAGGCGGCGGUGGUGGUGGGGGCAGCGGUGGUGGUAGCAGUGGAGGCGCCAAAUGGCACAUUCCACAAAACAUGCAAGCCCAACAGAACAACGGGUUUUGUGGCCCCUCAGGAUUGCACCUAUUUGGGAAUGGGCCAAACGAGUCGUUCAAAAUUCCUCUAAAAUCUCCAGACACGAUGCGCAAUGCAAUGCUUCUGAAUGGUGGCGGAUCGUCCGGAGGCUCCCUGUCGCACGGUGCACAUGGUGGAAGCGGCGGCGGUGGAGGUGGACAUCAUCAUCAUCACCAUCAUCAUCAUAGUCAACAACAGCAGCAGCAACAGCAGCAUCAGCAGCAACACCAACAGCAGUUGCAGAAUCAUCUGCAACAGCUCCAGAAUGCUCUUCCAAAUGUGUCCUCCACAAACCCGAAAACGCCAAGUCCGAGCACAAAUGAGCCGGCGAAGGAUUUUGCCGAAUCAAUUGACAAGGCAUGCGAGGACUCGGUGAACGAUCUGAUGGCAACGAUUGCGAAGCUAGAUUCGAACGGGGUGCAGGUACUGCCGGAAGGACACCGUGGCAAAACGACAUCCCCGCAGGUGCACAGCUCAACCGAUCUGCACACCAGCAGCGGCACGGUAGUGAGUGGCUCGAGCUCUGGGGCCAGUUCUGCCGGCGGUACGAGCAACACCACCACGAUCGUGCUGGACGAUAAAAACUUGCCGAAGGAACUGGAUCCGAACGAGGACUGGUGCGCGGUGUGCAUGGACGGCGGUGAGCUGAUGUGCUGUGAUAAGUGCCCCAAGGUCUUCCACCAAACUUGCCACAUACCGGUAAUCGAUUCGCUGCCGGACGAGAGCGAAACCUGGCAAUGCUUGCUGUGCUACAACUUUGCCGAUCUACCGCCGGAACCUACUGGAGAGAAACGCAACGUUGGCAUAACGCCAUUGGAGCUGAAGAUUUUGCAGCGAAUUGUGCUGGAAUUGUUCUGCCAGUAUGAAACCAGCAUGCCCUUCCGUCUUCUCGAGCCGGACACAAACAAAGCAUAUUAUGAUAUUGUACGAAAUCCAAUUUCGUUAACGAUGAUUCGUGAAAAGCUAGAAAUGAGCAAUAAUGACCAUUACACUGACAUUGUUUCGUUUAUCGCUGAUGUGAAGCGAUUGUUCGAUAAUGUGUACCUCUACUAUCAGGAGGACAGCAUGACGUACAAGAAUGCCCGCAAGUUGGAGAAGUUCUUCGAGCAGCAGCUGUCAAAGUGGUUACCAAAGUACCUCGAGGUCGAUUGCUUCGCCGAGGACUACCUACCGAAUGCAUCGAAACGGCAGAAAAACCACCAAGAUGACUAACAGUCACUGCAACACGUAGCGGGCGCAGUGAUGAAACCGCCAAGGACACUCUCCGACCUACCGGAGGUUUGUCCAGACAUGCAGCAGCAGCAGCAGGAGCAGCACCUCUGCGAUUUACAGCCGGAAGAUCUUUCUCUUCACUCCAGCGCUGCUCAUGGUCGGGUGGAGAAUGGUGGAGAGACGUGCCCGAACGAUGAUGCCGCCCCCUCACCCGAGCAAGCUCGUACAACAAAACUCAGCCAAGAGAUGGAGAACGAGCUGUGGAAUGCGGCAAAAUCGCUUGUGGAGGAAGAUGAAGCACUGCAGUGUGCAAUAGAUGCAGAUGUCGCGAAAGCAGAGGGCAAGCAGUCGGAUGAACCACCUGACGGGAGGCCUAGUGCACGGGAGAGCGAAACGCCAGCGACGACAGCGGGAGGGAUUGCUAACGCAUUGGGAUCUGCUGCUAAUGUUGCCUCCCUCGCCACCGAAACGAAGGCGGCAGCCGCAGAAACGACGGAAUCAUCAUCAGAGGCAAUAGGGGGGGGAAUGGAUGAAGCGACGGCAUCACCGAAUGGCACGACGACUACUAUUACUGCUACUACCACUACUACUACUACUGUCCUUACGGAACACGAUCCGUAAUGCAGUGAGAGCGCAAUUGUCGGAUUUUAAAUCCAUUAGGUUUGUAGAUCCACUUCAAUGUACAUAUAACAUUAGUAUUCGCUGAAUACGCAUUCACACAUCCACAUACACAUCCAAACACACACACACACACAAUCGUAACAGAGGGAGGGAGAAUAUCUUUGGCUGACAAAAAUGACGGUGAUAUUGAUAGUGGAUACAAUCGUGCAUGACAAAUUGAUCAUAUUGUUUAAGUGUACAGAAUGGAAGGAGAUUAAUGCGCUCCAAAGCGAUUAAGAUAGCUUUUGACGGCAGAUGAUAGCUCAGUAGCAUGGUUUUUUUUUAAUUAGUUUUGUUUUGUAAUUGUUUUGGAAACGCAUUGUGUAACCAAGCGGAAAGUUGUGGUUAAAAGUUCUGGAUCGAAAUGAUCGCUCAACUGGGUAGCGUUAACAGACAAAACUGUUUAUUAUUUAUUAAUAUUUACUUCCAAAGUCGAACGAUUUUCGCUGCUUUAUAGUCUAUGGUAUGGUGAGAGCAUAGUCAAACCAAAAUUGGUUUUUAAUUUGCCAGCGACCCUUGGUUAAGUUAUUCGAUUGUACAAGUAAAUUGUAGCAAGACGAAGAUGAAGGGGAUACAGCAGUCGUAGUACUGUACGCCGUGUGUAUGUGAAUUGCUGAUUUAUUUAGUGUACCACACAUUGAUUGGAGCGUUGGAUGAGUUAAUGCAAAUAGUUUUAGAAUUUAAUUUCAUAAGGUUUAUAUCUCAACGUUGUUUUUAGAGUGUAAAUGUGUGUAUUCUCUUACUCCCAAGUCUGGUUUCUGAACGCGUCCAUGCAUGAACAAUUGGAAUUACAAUGACGUAGCAAGAAUUACGAUAGACGUGUAGGUCUAAAGUCUCAUGAAUUAUCUGCUAGCGUGUUUGUAACAGUACCCAAUCAUCAUCAUGAUCAUCUGCAUCACCAUCGUGAGAUAUAGAGGCAGGAAAUUGAUGUUCAUUUUUGCGUAGAAUGUAUGUUACCCUGUUUCUGCCAACCUAGAGUUUGGUAGGCAUGUUUCUGCUUAAUCGCAAACAAAUUAUUUCACCUUAGCUGAGAGGUACAGGUUCUUUCCACAUUUCAUCAUUAGUCACGUCCGAGUGCAAAACGUAUACGAACGAUACAGGAUAAACCGAUGUUCAAAAAGGGUAAAAGGUGAUGACCCAAAUCUGGGGUCGAUCGCGAGGGACAUAAGUUUGAUGAGCAAAAGGCAGAAGUUAGCACUGUAAGCAGGAACGAUGGAUUAGGGGGUAAUACAUUGAAACAGGUAGGAGGGCGUGUGUUCAUAUGUACCUCUCUAUCCAUUCUAACCACAUACUUCCAUUCAUACAUAGCGUAUUAGCGUACGAUCACGUGUUGUAGGUUCCAGGUAUGGAAUAAGCAAACAUUGAACUUUCUCAAUGAUCUUAAGACAUGCAUUAUGCUACUUGAUGCAAGUAACUCGAACAAACGGUAGAACUUACAGUAAGAUAAUAUGCAUCGUAAACGGCACUGGAAUGGUUAGAUUAUAAUUACUGCAAAGAAAAAGAAAGCAAAAAUAAGUGAAAUUGUAAAAUCGUA